AAAAUAAACUGCGCAACAUUGUUUGGCGACGAGCCGUAGUACUCCGUGUAGUAAAAGCUGGCUGGCCUGGCCUGGCUGUUCUCUCCAACAAUCAGGGAAAGGAAUUCCAUUCAUCUUCUCGAUUAACCAGCGCCAUCGUUUGCCCGUUUGCCGUGCCGCGUCCCUGUGUUGUGGCGCCUCGUGAUGCAAUGGAGUGAAAUUGUUGAGCGAUGCGAAAAAGGGAGUUCCCUUGCGCGCUAAUCAGUGCGCACAGAUCAGUGCCCGCCACUGCAACGUGAUCCGAAUCAGUCGCGCAAUAUUUAGGGCUACUCGUGGCGGUUGUAGGGGGGGCGGGGGGACCAUCACAUCAAGUGUCGUGCAGUGGGACGCGUCUCAGAAAAAGGGUGCGAUUCACCCCACGAGCGAACGGUGCUAUUGAUCACGAUUCUCUCACGAGACCUCGCGAUGAGGAUGCAAAAGCUGCGAAGGGGCGCACGCGGUCGGUACUCCUCAAAAACAAAAUUGAGCUACACUUACUUCUCCACGGCUACGAUAAGCGCGGGGAGCCAGCGGGUGCCAGCGAAAGACUCCCAAGCAGCCAAUCACAGGCCCGGACCGAGUGCGCUCCUUCGUACGCACACACAUACACACCCAGCAGGCGAACGAGAUAGCGCGAACCGAGCUAAUGCGCGAGCAACGGACGGCAAGGUGCCCAAGGAGCGCGUGGAAGUAGCUAUGGGCGGUAUUUUCCGGUUGUGUAUAAAUAAAUAGUACUGCCGGUUACCGUCAACGAGCAGCCUCACUUCAUUGAUAGCAUUCGAUCGGGACGGUACUCGGCGUCGGUCUUGGGAAAAAGUGUGACGCGAGCGCCUGGUGGAAAGCAAUAGCGUGUGUCAAAAGGAUUCGCAAAACCCGUGUGACUCGGUGGACUCAAGUGUGACUCAAGUGUGCUAGUGGACAUUGUUUGCAAGAGGAGAAGGAGACAUUUUCGCUUACAAACGAAGUGCGUUCAAUAAGGACAUUUUGCAGUUGAAAGAUAAAACAGUGCAGAAGAGUACACAUUCAGCGAUGGAGUUCAAAAGCAGCAAAAAGAUGGUGAUUUCCCUCCGGGUAGUGUUGGUGCUGGUGUGCCUGGUUAGCCUUAUUUCACACGCCUCGGCAAGACCGUCGAGCGUGCGGCACAGCAAACAACUGCGUCUUAUAGAUCAUCUGCUUCGCAGCAGGACAGCAGCCGAGAGCAGGAAGCCUCACCAUCACAAUGCCGACCAUCAGCAUCGCCGGAGAUCGGCAGAUUAUGAAGAUUUCUACGACGCGGAUUACAAACGUGUGCAGCAGUGUUACGAAGACGAGGACAUAAACGAGCUUUGCCAGCGCUGUUCGAAGGUGACCAAGUCGUCGCUAGUGUUCCCGAUGUGCUGCAACAAUGAGGAUCACACGAUGACCUGGUGCAAAGAGUACGUUUACUAUGGGAUACAGACGUAACCCGGCGAGAUGGGUUCACUCUUCCCGGGGGGAAUUCCGGGCAUAUUUCUCUCGUUCCAAGUUUAGCAGCCACAAGCGCAAAACCUGCACUGUAUGACACCCUAGGGGAAAACUUACAUCCACGAUAGUAUUUAUUAUUGAUAGUGUUUGCAUCAUCUCAUCGCCAUCGGUUAUUUAUUCACUAGAAGAAGAAGAAGAAAAAAAGCGAAUUGUUUAGCGUUCGUCUCACCCCAUCUCGUCUGAUAUCUCAUAGCAAAAAAGGAAACUGCACGCGUCUUAUAUAGUCCUUCAAGCCAGAGCCAUCCCCUCCCAAUUAUUGGAGCUGUGAUUGUACAUAAGUUAUAUUGAUGUCUUAGUAAAUGUGUGUUUCGCACCUAAGGGAAGCAAAAACUGAGGGAGAGAAAUUCGAAGGGCGAAGAUACUUACCUAGCAGAAGUCACAUAGUAUUGCAAGAGCAACGGUCACACGCGUUUGGUAGCUAGCUGCAAGGCACGCUGUGGGCCACGAAUAGUUAGAAUAAUUGUCUUAAAAAUAAAGCUUUUUUAUGUAUGUGUACAAGCAGA